CCCGCCGCCGCCCCCGCCGCCGCCCCAGGCGGAGAGCGCGGCGGCGUUCAGCACCGCGGACAGCGCCGGCAGGAUGAACGGGCUGGCGGCCGGCCAGGGCGGCCCCAUCGCCAUGAAGGACCACGAUGCCAUCAAGCUGUUCGUGGGCCAGAUCCCGCGCAACCUGGAGGAGGGCGACCUCAAGCCCCUCUUCGAGGAAUUCGGCAAGAUCUACGAGCUCACCGUCCUCAAGGACCGCUUCACCGGCAUGCACAAAGGCUGUGCCUUCCUGACAUACUGUGCCAGGGAUUCAGCGUUGAAAGCCCAGAGCGCGCUACACGAGCAGAAGACAUUACCCGGGAUGAAUCGCCCAAUCCAAGUGAAGCCAGCUGACAGCGAGGGCCGAGGAGAAGACAGGAAGCUCUUUGUGGGCAUGUUGGGGAAGCAACAGAGCGAAGACGACGUCCGGAGACUCUUUGAGCCCUUUGGCCAGAUCGAAGAAUGCACCAUCCUCCGAGGCCCGGGGGGAGCCGUAUCGAGGGGGUGUGCCUUUGUGAAGUACGGGAGCCACGCGGAGGCGCAAGCAGCUAUCAGCAGCCUUCACGGCAGCCAAACCAUGCCGGGAGCCUCCUCCAGCCUGGUUGUGAAGUUUGCUGACACAGAUAAAGAAAGAACCCUGCGGCGGAUGCAUCAGAUGGCCGGGCAGCUGGGGAUCUUCAAUCCUAUGACGAUCCAGUUCGGAGCCUACGGGGCGUACACGCAGGCGAUAAUGCAGCAGCAAGCGGCUCUCAUGGCCCCUUUAAAUUACCUCAACCCCAUGGCGGCCAUCGCAGCAGCUCAGAUGCAACAGAUGGCCGCCUUCAACGUCAGCGGGCUCGUCGCUGCUCCCAUGACACCUUCAUCAGGUACAAGCACACCUCCAGGGAUCAGCACAGCCCCCGUCCCCAGCAUAGCCACACCCAUCGGGGUGAACGGAUUCAGCCCUCUCCCGCCACAGACAAACGGGCAGCCGGCGUCGGAGACGAUUUACACCAACGGCAUUCAUCCUUACCCAGCUCAAAGUCCCACUGUGGCAGACCCCCUCCAACAAGCCUACGCAGGCAUGCAGCACUACGCAGCAUAUCCAGCCGCCUAUGCACCUAUCAGCCAGGCCUUCCACCAGCAAGCACCCAUCAUCCCCCAGCAGCAGAGAGAAGGUCCUGAAGGCUGCAACCUCUUCAUUUAUCACCUGCCCCAGGAGUUCGGGGACGCAGAACUCAUGCAGAUGUUCUUGCCAUUUGGCAACGUCAUCUCUGCCAAAGUCUUCGUUGACCGUGCCACCAACCAAAGUAAAUGCUUUGGUUUUGUCAGUUUUGACAAUCCAACUAGCGCUCAGGCCGCCAUUCAGGCUAUGAACGGCUUCCAAAUCGGCAUGAAGAGGCUAAAGGUCCAACUAAAACGGCCAAAAGAUGCCAACAGACCGUAUUGACCCCUGCUCACCUUGGCCCUGAAAACAGAUGGGACGCCACUCGGCGGUGUAUGAAGAGUAUUCCCCUUGCCCCGAGUUCAGUAUCCAAACUUGUAACUCUCUUUCUUUGCAACAUAUCACGGAAGAAGAGGAGGAAAACGCGGAAGAGGACGGAAGAUGCUCGUGUCAAAGAGAGCCUGUUUGGUUGUAACUUUUUUGUUUUGUUUCCCUUUCCAAAAUCAGUUGGGGGUUUUUUGUCUCUUUCAAGGCGGGCGGCGACCUGCGAAGGGCGACGUGACGAUAUUGGAUGGAAGGGAACGAGGAUUUUUUGAGGCUCCGGGUCUCCAGGACAGAAGAGGCCCCCCCGGAGAAGACUUUUUAAAACAAACAUCCUUCGUGACUCUUAGAAGCUCUUGACCAAUACUAGAGACUUCAGAAGAGCACGGCCAACAGAUCUAAACCAAAGCUGGUGGAUUUGGACAAGGCUUAUUCUGUUUCACCUGGGAAAUGCUUUGUUUUUUUUAAAAAAAGGAAGGGUAAGCAGAAACAGAACAGGGGAGUGGGUUUUUUUUCUCUCUUCGCAUCUGUUUGGGAAAGAAAAUCAAAAAUGCUAAGAGGAUGUUGAACUGAACAGAAGAUUAUAUAUAUAAAUAGGUCUAUAUAUCUAUAUCCCACGGAUCGCGGGGCGGGGGGGGGAGGCCGGGGAGUUUCUUUCCCCCUUUCUCGCCCGGCUGGGGAGACUGGAUUAACUUCUUUCAAAGUCAUAUCAUUCCUUAGUGUUUAGGGACCAAAGGACUAACGCUUUUUUAAUAUAUAAAUAUAAAUUAAUUAAUUUAAAAAACAAAAUGACAAAAAAAAAGAGAGAGAACCGCGACGCGAAACUCAAAGAGGUUUUAAAAGAGCAAAACGGGGCUGGGGUGGGUGGGGGGGCGGGGGGGGAGCUUCAUGUCAAAGCCGCGAGUGUUCCAAGAGGAACGGCAUUCUCGAGCAAAAGCAGAUUUCGCUUGGUACGCAGCGUAGCCAGAUCCAGUGGCCUCGUGACCGCAUUGCAUUUCUUAUUGGAAAGGGGGAGUCCAGGAGGGUGAAGGUGAUCGGAGGGUGGGCCGAAUGCUUUGGGUGGGCCGAAUCUCUCUGGGCCGAAUCUCUCCUUCCCUCUCUCCCGAAAGAUGCGCAAUUUUCAGGAAAUGCAGCAGAAGGCAAGAGAACGAAAUCACAACCUUUGAUCGGCUCCUCCCAGAUGUUGAAAGUCAAAAGCACCGGCCUGGGAAGAGAGACAGGAUCGUAACCCUUGGCUUGUAGAACCACUCCUGACUUACUGGCUGUGCCAGGAUAAACAAAUCGCUCGAUCCGUAGUGACUGCCUGCUGUCUAUGUGAUAUUCCUUUUCUUUUUCGGGGGGCUUGGACCAAACAUUUCAAGCGCAGAUCACAAAUGAGGAGCUCUUCUUGGCCUACCUCACCCCUCCCACCCUCCCCCAGAUGACCCCUUCAAUUAAUUUUGGCCAUCUCUACACUUUUUACUUUAGAGAGUUUCAUUUUUCCAUGGGACAGUGGUCUCCCUGGUCACGACCUUCUAGGAUGAAGAGAAGAAGAGAAGAGUUUGGAUUUAUAUCCCCCCCUUUCUCUCCUGAAAGGAGACUCAAAGGGGCUUACAAUCUCCUUGCCCUUCCCCCCUUC